AAAGGGACUUUGUUCUGAUUUAUUACGAGUUUUGUCAUGUUCUCUUUUUGCAGCAGACUCUCCUCUGUUUGUAAUGUGUUUUUGUUUUUUUUAACGGGUUAUUCCCCGGAGGUUGGAGAUUUAGCGGCUCCAUGUCAACCUUUCUCGCUCGUUGUGGCAACUAAUCUAUGCCCCUCCCACACCAUAAACGCGUCAAAGUAGCCGGAGCAUCUUUUCUCCGUUUACGGAUAUGACGAGACAUGCACGGGCUACUGACUGAGACCAGAUGACACUGAAGGUCGAAGUUGAUCCAGGCUAUGGCAGCGCAUCUGCUAGAGGUCCAUUCACAGAACUGGACGGGUCAGAGACUGUCCCUCUCCUUAUCCCAGAAGAUCAGCACCAGCAGUACACCUGGAAGCCCCUGAGCAAAGAGGAACUGCUGAAGUGUGCAGGAGGACCAGAAUGGAGGAAGUUUCGUUCUCGUCUUGUUCUUUGCUUCUGGAUUGGUUGGCUGAUAAUGCUUGGCACUGCAAUCGCAAUAAUCGUCCAGAGCCCACGGAUAGCAUCUCCUUCACUGCACUGGUGGCAGAGGGAUGUGUUUUACUGCCUGCAGCCAGCACUCUUUAUGGAUGCAGACAGUGACGAGGUCAGCCAUAUCAGCAGGGUGUCCGAGCAACUGCCCUAUCUGAAAUCACUGGGGGUUGGGGCAGUGAUCCUGGAGGGGUUCUUCCGGCAUGACAGCUCCCCACCCAACCUAACAGAGAUUGACCAAAGUCUGGGCACACUUCCACAAUUCACACGGCUUAUCACAGAAAGCCGGAAAGCAGGUGUGAGAGUGAUGCUGGACCUUUGUGAGCUGGACCUGUUUGAGCAGGAGUCGGGUAAUGACACUCAAGUUUGGUCCGGUGCAUCAGAGUACAUUCAGUACUCAUUGAGGUAUUGGCUGGAGUAUGGUGUGUCUGGGUUUGGGAUCUGUGAUACAGACGCAGCCUUCUCCACAGAGACUCUAAUGGAGUGGAACGUGCUGAUGCAAGAGUUCAGUUCACAAGAUGAUGAAAGAAUAUUGAUGGUGAGGCAAACAAAGGUGUCCAACAUUACGGUUAAUGGUUCACUGGUGGAGCUGGUUACAAAGUCACUGAUUCCCCCAUCACACCAUCCGUUGUCUCCUGCUGAGGUGACUGAGGCCAUGGAGGCCAGUCUGCAGACGCCACAGGGACUCUGGCCGAGCUGGACCGUGGGUGGAGGAGUCCCGUUGGAGCUACAGAGAGCAAUUCUAGUCCUGAUCAUGACUUUACCUGGGACACCCGUCAUCAAAUAUGGAGAUGAGGUCAAUCCAAUCCAGGAACAGCUGAAUCAACCGCUAGCCCUCUUCCAUACUCUGAUUCAGUCGCGUGCUCGUGAAGAGGCUCUCCACUUUGGCCGAUUCACCUUCCUUCCCUUCAAUAGCAGCAUGUCGUCCUCUGGCCUCAACUCUACAGCCACACCUCCUUUAGCUUUCCUGCGCUCAUGGGGCUGCGUUCACUUCCUGGUCUUGUUUAAUUUGGGUUCUGAACCUCACACUCUGGACCCAGACUGGGCUCCCAGCCUGCCUGAAGCUGGGGUGUUUUUAACCAGCACAGGUCUUGACCGAUUCGGCCCUGUGUCUCUACGGUCAAUAAAAAUGCAGCCCCAUGAGGCCAUUGUCAUAAAACUGUUUGAAUCUGACAACUCGUCCUAAGAUAAAAUGCUUGAGUUAGCUUAUUAAUGCAACUAAGAUCUAAAGAUGUUAAGUAUUGGUUAGUUGUGUUGUCUCUCUGGGUUAAAAACAACCCAAGUUGGGUUGAAAAUGAACAAACUCAGCGAAUUGAUUGUUUUAACCCAGUGUUUGGGUUAAAUGUUUGCCCAACGUGCUGGGCAGUUUUAUUUAACCCAACUACUGGUAAAAAUUACUAUAUGGCUGGCUUAAAAUGAACUGGAAAUCAGACACAUAAUUACUCGAGGCAGCAAUAAUAGUCCAAAUGUUAACAUUUAUUAAUACGCAAUUUACUAAAUGUUUAAUGUUUAAUUAUCAUUCAUUAAACUUAUUAAUAAAUGUUCAUUUCCAACAUACUUUGGGUUCAUUUUAAGCAAGCA